AUGAAAUGGAACCUGGCACGCAGUGGUUUUAUCGGUUGCAGAACUGCUAUUACAAAGUGGUCAAAGCAUGGAAUAAUCAACCUUUUGAUCCCAGGACAUGAUCCUCCCGUAGAUAUAACAAUUUACGUGGAUAUUUGUCGAAAUCCUGGCCCUGUACACUCGGGUUUGGAGUCGAAUAUAUCUCAAGGUCAAAGUCAAAAUAGCGGAACAUUUAUGCAAACUGCAGUUGUUGACAAAAUAACCUACAAUCGAAGCAAGUUACUUGAUAUCCGCCGUCAGUGUAUUACACGAGCCAACCACCAUUUAUUAUCAACACUUAAAGAUCUGGGUUUGCUACGUUAUAGAGGUUCGCGUGGUGGGAAACGUAAAAUCUCUGUCAUUAUUUCCCCUCGAGGCAGAGAAAGCCGCUCUGCCUGGGGUCAUACAACCGGAACGGUGAAUUGGAAUAAUUUGGUAUCAAUCAAAUGUCAUCCGGAAAACAACAAUAAUAAGACUUCUUCUCAAUUACCUCAUGUCCUACUUAGUAAUAUAAGAUCAUUAGUACCCAAGUUUGACGAAUUGUCUACGUUUUUAAUGUUAAACAAAGCGGACAUUGUUGCCAUUUCCGAAUCUUGGUUGAAUGAACGAAUAGACUCGUUAUUUGUUACUAUCGCCGGGUAUGAUUUAUAUCGUCUGGAUAGAUUGAGCGGUCGUGGAGGCGGUGUUUGUGCCUUCGUUUCUGAAAACAUACCAUGCAAACGGUUACUUGAUCUAGAAAACGCAAAUUAUGAAUGUAUGUGGCUAUGGUUGCGACCUUAUCGUCUGCCAAGGCCCCUCUGUGGUAUACUCAUUGCUGUUCUAUAUUGUCCUCCUGAAACAUGUGCCGAUAAACAGCGAGAAUUUGUUCAUUAUUUAAGUGAAACUAUUGAUAGUGUCCGUGAUUCAUCACCAGAUUGUGGAAUAAUUGUGCUGGGCGACUAUAAUAACCUGGAUGUAAGUGAUUUACUGAGUCAACACAGUUUAACCCAAGUAGUAAAAGAUCCUACAAGACUUAAGGCAACACUUGACCUUGUGAUCACUAACAUGCAGACAUGGUAUAAUGAUCCGACCGUAACAGCCCCAAUAGGAAGCUCAGAUCACAACACAGUUUUAUUGUACCCAAAAGCCGCAACCAAUAACCCUAACCAAAAGAAGGAAAAAUGCUUUGUACGCCGCUUUCCCCAGUCAAGUAUUAUCGCAUUUGGUAGGUGGUUAACUAACCAGGAGUUGUUACGUGAUUGCACAUCAACAGACGUUCAUGAACAAACCCUCACAUUCACUAACAAGAUCUUGGAAGCUAUGGAUAUCUUUUUUCCAUUAAAAUCAGUGAAGCUCCAUAAUUCUGAUAAGCCAUGGAUGUGUUCAUCUCUUAAACAACUUAUCUUGGAUCGCCAAAACGCUUUCCACAACGGUAAUAUGCCCUUGUGGAAACAUUAUCGCAAUAAGGUAAAACAAGCGAUCAUAUCCCAGAAACAAUCAUUUUACUCCGAAAAAGUGCGUCAUCUUAAACAGACAGAUAGUAGGUUGUGGUGGAAACUUGUGAAAAGAUUGUCUGGCAAUGCAAACACAUCGACAUCCUUUCACAUUGAGAAAAAUGGCUCUAUCUUAAAUGAUCAAGAUUUAGUUAAUGAACUGAAUGAAUUCUUCACCUCGGUAAAUGCUGACAUUCCACCACUUAAUCUACAUAACUUACCUGCGUUUUUACCAUCAAUAGAUCAGAAACCAACUAUUCAACCAUAUCAAGUACGCAAUAAACUUUUGAAGCUGAUUACAAUGAAAGCCCCUGGACCAGACAACAUCCCGUCAAAAAUUCUAAAGUCUUUUGCAUAUAUCUUAGCAGAACCCAUCACUGACAUCUUCAACGUUUCAUUGUCGUCAGGUGUUGUACCAGAAAUUUGGAAACAGGCAAAUAUAUCCUCUAUUCCCAAAGAGUCUCCACCUAAAAUCCUUUGUGAUUUUCGUCCUAUUUCCUUAACUUCAACCCUCUCAAAAGUUCUUGAAGAAUUUGUUGUUGACUGGAUUACUGAAGAUAUAUGUGAUAAGAUUGAUGCCAAACAGUUUGGUAGCCUCAAGGGUGGAUCUACAACAAAAUGCCUUCUGGAUAUGCUACACAACUGGCUAUCAAAUGCUGAUAAACAAGGAAAUUCGUUGCGAGUCUGUCUUCUCGAUUUUAGCAAGGCUUUUGAUCGUAUUAACAUCAAUAUCCUGAUUAAAAAACUCUUAAAUUUAGGAGUACGUAGGUGUUUGAUCCCUUGGAUAUGUAAUUUCCUAUCAGAUCGAAAACAGCGAGUAAAACUCGGAGAAACGGUAUCGGACUGGAUGUCAGUAAAUGCAGGAGUUCUACAAGGCACUAAAUUAGGUCCUAUUUUGUUCCUUAUUAUGGUAAAUGACCUUAUUCCACUUAAGAGCGAUUAUUGGAAAUAUGUAGACGACAUGUCGAUUUCGGAGGUAAUACCAAGAAAUGGUGUUUCAAAUAUGCAGUCAGAACUGGACCAUACAUCAUCUUGGGCCACUAACAACUAUAUGAAACUGAACACGAAAAAAUGUAAAGAACUUAGAAUAAGUUUUCUUCGCGAUAAACCCAACCUUUCCCAACUCUACAUCAAUGGUACUCCAAUUGACACUGUCGAUAGCGCUAAAGUUCUUGGAAUUUCUCUUCAGAAUGGCUUGAAAUGGAAAAGUCAUGUUGACAAUAUUACAAAGAAAGCUGCUAAACGGUUAUAUAUCAUACGUGUCUUAAAGCGUAAUGGACUUCCUGUUGAUGAUCUAAUAACAAUCUUCAAAACAUUAGUCAGAUCAAUCCUACAAUAUGGUUGCCCAGUCUGGCACUCGAGUCUUCCGACGUACUUGUCUGAUAAAAUUGAGAAAAUUCAACGAAGAGCUUUCCGAAUUAUAUAUCCGUUUCAAUCGUAUAAUGAUGCACUUUCAAUGUCUGGUUGUCUGUCAUUAGCGGAAAUAGACAACAAUUAUCUCAAAAACUUUUUAAACAAAUUAAGUCGACUAGUGGUGAUUGUCUGUCGUAUCUCAUACCAGAAACCAGAUUUCAGAAACAUGGCCGAAAACUUCGAAACAGUGAAAAUCUCGACAUUUUUAAAUGUAACACAAAUCGGUUCAAAAACAGUUUUUUCCCAACUAACGUUAGUUACUGCAACUCAAAUAGAUAAGCUCAAAAUAUUUUUAGACAUUUUAUAGUAGUAUAGUAAGUUGUAGAUAUUUAUAUAUAUAUAGAUUUUGGAUUCUCUAGAUGUAAAUGUAAAGUAAUUCACCAAUUGGUGCCAUUUUACAUAAUAAUAAACCAUCAUUAUUAUUAUUAUUAUUAUUAUUAAAUCUUGCAGCCGAAUUCGACCAGAACAAGUCAACCGGUCUUGAUGGUAUUCCUGCCUACUUCAUCAAGUCCUCGAAUAAUUCCAUUGCACCCAUAAUACUUCGCAUUUGUAACGUGAGCAUUGAAAAUGUUGUCUUUCCCAACAUGUGGAAGAAAGCUAGACUGAUUCCAAUCUAUAAAGCUGAAACACGUACUGAGAGAAACAAUUACAGGCCCAUUUCUAUAUUACCGAUUCUAUCUAAACUCCUCGAACGACAUGUUGCCAACUCAUAUGUAAAAUUCUUCACAGAAAAUGAUAUUCUAUCAAGUUGCCAGCAUGGUUUUCGAGCCCAUCACUCUUGUGAAUCUACUCUAAUAUUGAUCUGUGAACACCUUCUCGAUAACAUUGAGCAAGGUUUAAUUAAUGGUAUAGCUCUAAUUGACCUCUCCAAAGCGUUUGACCUGGUCGAUCAUAGAUUGCUACUGCAGAAAUUAGAACAAUAUGGCAUUACUCCAAUAGCUUUAAAAUGGUUUAAAUCGUAUCUAAAUGAUCGUUACCAAGUAAUAGAAAUUGCAUCAUUCCUAUCCAACCCAGCUCUGAUAAAGUCUGGUGUGCCUCAAGGAUCUAUACUAGGACCAAUUCUCUUUCUUAUCUUUAUUAACGAUGUACCCAGUUACGUUGGAAGUUGUAAGCCUUUUGUAGCUACCAAUCAGUGUAUGUAUAGAGUUCAGUGGGAAAGCCGCCCCAUAAAACAUUUCGGGUUUGGACGGCCAUAUUGA